CUCCCACGCCUGGCCUUCUUGCACACACACGUGCAGCCUGGACUCCACGGAAGAGGCCUCCUGUGCACGGGGGAGCGGGGGGAGUGUAGGCCUCUGUCACCCAGCCUGGGGGGGUCUGUCCUACUGAGGCUGGGUCUGUGAGGAGGGGUCGGAACCCCUGCUGAGGUGUUCUAAAAGGUGAGAGCUGGGUGUGUGAGGUCGGAGCCAGGAGGGGUAGAGUGGGGGCAGGGUCUGCUCUGGGGGCCUUUUUACAGCUGCCCCCUGUGUGCCCAGGGGCUGCCACGUGGGCCGGGGGCUGUGUGUGCCCCGGCCCUGGCUGCCACGCGGUCGCCUGCCAAGGUCUGCCUGCUUUGCCUGCAGUGGGAACAUUGUAGGAGGGGGUGGCCCAGGCCCGUGCUGUCCUGCUGGACCUGCAGGUGGGGAUGCACAGGCCCCGGAGGCCGCCUUGGACCAGGGCACCCACUGCUCUGGUCUCCUGUCUCCAUCUGCCCGUCUGGACGUUGUCCUGGCAACGCGCCUCUCUGCUCUGUCCCAGUUAGUGGGCAGGGAAUUCAGAAGAUUAAUCCCCUCAUCUGUGUUUGGUAAGCAUUCUCGCUGCUUCUGCAGGCCAGCUUGGCAGGGACGCUGGCUGAGAACCAGUACCUGUUCCGGCAGCCCUGCGCAGACAGCAAGCAACCCCUGCCCCUUCCUGUCUCAGCUCAGACCCUGUGCCCCUGCUGGGCUGAGGCCCGUGGGUGCUGGCACCAGGAUGUGCUGCAGGCUGCUCCCGGCCCAGCAUCCCCGGGGGUCUGACGGACAUGGAGAGGUCACCAUGCAAAGUGCCCCCCGAGAGGCUCCAUCCGCCCGCCCAUGGCGCCUGCCCGGCGUCGCCCCCACCUGCACAUGUGCACAAGCGGUAAUUAGGGCUGGCUGAUCCUAUAAUCCAGUCGAGGGCCAACCUGGCCUCAUCCUGGGAAGGAACCCCUCCAGGAAAUGACCCCCAGGGCCAGCAGACAAUGGACAAAGGUGAGGACAAUGGCCAGGGGGCCUCCCACUGCACAGCCCGCUCCCUGCCCCCGUGAGCCCAGCAGCUAUAAAGUGCGGUCCCUGGGGUGUGGGAGUGUGGGCAGGCAUGGGGGUGAGGUUGGUCCUGCUGAGCCUGGUGCUGGUGCUGCCCUGGGGGCCCAUAGCCCAGGUGGAGGUCCUGGUGCAGCCCAGCUUUGAUGCCCAGAAGUUCUCCGGCCUCUGGUAUGUGGUGGCCAUGGCGUCCGACUGCAAGGCCUUCCCGGGCGAGAAGGACCACCUUCUGAUGUCCACUAGAAUCGUUAACGCCACUGAGGGAGGCAACCUCAGCGUCCAGGUGCAGGUCCCGAGGGCGGACAGCUGCAGCCAGGUGGACGCCCAGUACCUGAAGGUGGGCUCCGACGGACACUUCAGGGUUCCAGCCCUGGGCUACAUGGAUGUGCGCAUUGCCAGCACGGACUACGACUCCUUCGCCAUCCUCUACAUCUCCAAGGAGCUGGGGGGAGCGCCCUGCACAGCGGUGCAGCUCUACAGCCGGACGAGGGACCCCAGCCCCCAGGCCUUGAAGGCCUUCCAAGACUUCUACCCGACCGUCGGCCUGCUGGGCCACGCCAUGGCCGAGCUGCCCAGGCCGGAUGUGUGUGCCCCCCAGGGCACGGAGCCCCCUGACAGCUCUGAGGCCCCCCCGUUGUCCCCAGGUGGGGCACAGGGCUGAGCCCGGAGCUAAGGCCACGCCACUCUUCAGCCAAGCCCACCCCGUGCCUCCUUCCCAGGAAUAAACAGCUGCCAAGUCA